UGAUUUUGAACCUUCCCGGCAUCCGUUUUUCAUCAUCGCUCCUCUAAUAUCCGGAAGCUGUUCUUUGGACGCUGCCAACAAAAACAACGGUUUCUGGAGAUUAAUCGAAGAAGCUCAGAUAACGGCAUCAUGUCGGAUAAGAGUGAGCUGAAGGCAGAGUUGGAGAGAAAGAAGCAGCGCCUUGCUCAAAUAAGGGAAGAAAAGAAGAGAAAAGAGGAAGAACGCAAGAAAAAAGAGGCGGAGCAGCUGAAAGAACCUGUUGUGGUGCAGGAUGACUCUGAUCUGGAGAAGAAGAGGAGAGAGGCUGAAGCACUGCUUCAGAGCAUGGGAAUUGCACCAGAUGUGCCAACAGUUUCCGGGCCCUUGUCUCCCACGGCCAAAUCUGCAGGCACCCCAAGUGAAGCAGGUAGCCAGGAUUCAGGCGACGGCACCACAGGACCCAGGACUCUCCACUGGGACUCUGAUCCUUCUACAUUACUGCUUCACUCCGAGCUGGGGCGAGGCCCGGCAAAGCUGAGCAUUGCGAAGGUGACUCAGGUGGACUUCCCUCCCAAAGAGGUGGUGUCUUACAGCAAGGAGACUCAGACCCCCACCAUGAGUGAGCAGAAAGAGGAGGAAGAGGAGGAGGAAGAGAUGGCUCCUGCAGAAGCAGUGACAGAGGUGGAAAAGGAGACAUCAGUGCUGGAACAAGAGGUGGAAGUGCCCCCUCAUGAGCUGACUGAGGAGGAGAAGCUACAGAUUCUGCACUCUGAGGAAUUUAUGGACUUCUUUGACCACAGCACACGCAUCAUUGAGAGAGCUUUGUCUGAACAUGUGGAUGUUUUCUUUGACUACAGUGGCCGUGACCUUGAGGACAAGGAGGGUGAGACGCAGGCCGGAGCAAAGCUGUCUCUAAACAGACAGUUCACAGAUGAGCACUGGUCCAAACACAGGGUGGUCACCUGUCUGGAUUGGUCCCCACAGUAUCCUGAGCUGCUCGUUGCCUCCUAUAACAACAACGAGGAGGCACCGCAUGAGCCUGAUGGAGUGGCGCUGGUCUGGAACAUGAAGUAUAAGAAAACUACGCCCGAGUACGUCUUUCACUGCCAGUCUGCAGUGAUGUCAGCUGCGUUUGUUAAGUUCCACCCUAACCUGGUGGUAGGUGGUACGUAUUCAGGACAGAUCGUGCUAUGGGACAACAGGAGCAACAAGCGAACUCCAGUGCAGAGGACUCCGCUUUCAGCCGCUGCUCACACGCAUCCUGUUUACUGCGUGAAUGUCGUAGGCACUCAAAAUGCUCACAACCUGAUCAGCAUCUCCACUGAUGGGAAAAUGUGCUCCUGGAGUCUGGACAUGUUGUCCCAGCCUCAGGACAGUAUGGAGUUGGUGUUUAAGCAGUCCAAGUCUGUAGCAGUCACUUCCAUGUCUUUCCCCUUGGGUGACGUCAAUAACUUUGUGGUAGGCAGCGAGGAUGGAUCGGUCUACACGUCCUGUAGGCACGGCAGUAAGGCCGGUAUCAGCGAGAUGUUUGAGGGCCACCACGGUCCAAUUACAGGAAUCCAUUGCCACACAGCGGCCGGUGCUGUCGACUUCUCCCAUCUCUUUCUCACUUCUUCCUUUGACUGGACCGUCAAACUCUGGAGCACUAAGAAUAAUAAGCCGCUCUACUCGUUUGAGGAUAACUCGGACUACGUUUAUGAUGUGAUGUGGUCGCCUGUUCACCCUGCCCUCUUUGCUUGCGUGGAUGGAGUUGGCCAUUUAGACCUGUGGAACCUCAACAAUGACACCGAGGUUCCCACUGCCAGUGUUACAGUGCACGGGUCUCCUGCUCUCAAUAGGCUAAGGUGGGCACAGACAGGCCGGGAGAUUGCUGUGGGAGACUCUGAUGGACAGGUUCUCAUUUACGAUGUUGGAGAGCAGAUCGCCGUGCCUCGGACUGACGAAUGGACACGCUUCGUCAGGACGCUCACAGAGAUUAAUGAAAACCGUGAGGACGCAGAGGAGCUCAUUGCCCAGCGCAUCCCGUCCUAAUCACUACAUCUCCAGUGCCAUUCCACAAACAAGCUACAGGUUUCCAAUGCAACAAAAAAAUAAAAAAUAUUAAAAAGCAUGUGCAUCUACACAAGGCAUGAUGACAGUGCUAAUAAUUAGGAAGCCGCCUUUAUCCAAAAACUUUGUAUGAUUUACAACGUUUGCCUUUUUUUUUUUUUUUUAGUUGAGUAAAGAAUGUAGUACAAGUGAUAGGAAUGACAAUGAAGUUCAGCAACCAGCAGUUUUCGAUUCUCUUCCAGUACCGGGAGCCUUAAAAUUGUCAGGUAGAAAUCCAUCAGAAACACAGUUUAUAGUUUCACUCCUGCUGGUAUUUACACCUGAGCUCUUUAUCCCUUUUGGAGGGAUCUAAAACUUCAAUCAAUUGUAAAGCACUGCACAGAGCCUGUUCUUUUCAUUUCUCCUGCUGUCUGGAGUCUGAGUGCAUUCAUAAAUUCACUCCUGUAAUUUGGAAAAAGAAAAAAAAAAGUAUUAUUGUGAUACAAUUUCGUAAAAUUAAAAACGCUCAUUGUUCUUAUUUCCUGUUUUCAAAGUUGUCCAAGUGCUACAGUUUCAAACGCUGGGCAUUAUAACACUCGCACAAGAAACCAAAGAUUUUAUUUUUAGGACAGUAACACUCAUCACCUAUAUUAAGAAACGUUUGGAAUAAUUAACUCCACAAAAUGAACCAGGUAUUUUUGUGCAUUUGUCAUUCUGUCUUCCAGAAAUUAAGCCAUUUGUUGUCUUCUCAUUGAAGUUGUUUAGCAUGUGAGGACUGAUGAAUUUAUGAACGCACUCCUGAUUUGCACAGUAUUGUGGGGCAGCUAAGAUCAAGAUGUCAACUUGCUAAGCUCUUACUCCAUGUCUGACUCUACGAAUUCUGAUUAUUCAUUAAACACUUUGUCUUCUUGAUCACAGAAAUAUCACAUAUUUAUUACGCAGUGAGAUGCUGUAUGAUCCCCGUCGACAUGCUGAGCAUUUUAAGCCAUUGUUUUUUCAAAGCUGGCUCCUCUUCUUCCAGUAUUGCAGUUCCAUUUAUAAAUCUGUAUAACUGUAGCUUUUCUUCAGCUGAUCUUUGAAUGUCUUUGUACAUCUCUAUAAAUUCCUCUUUCUGAAA